ACAAUUAUUUUAGCUUGCUUCAUCUGAAGUGGUUGUUUUUUUUGUUAUUCAGAUGAAAUAAAUUUAUUGGAAAUUUUUACAACUAAAGCGGUAUAAUGAAGAAAGGAGGUUUUAUUUUGAGUGUCACAACUUAUUUGGCAUAUCUCUAUGGAUUUGAAUGUAAUCUAUCUCGUAACUGCGAAUCUGUUUUAAACAAUGCAACCUGUUCGUUCGAAGUUACCUGCUUUGGUGAUUUCAGUGAGAUUGUUACGGAAAUAUUUGACAACGCAGGCCGUUGUCCUGCAACAGUCUUUAAUGUGAAUAAUGGAAAUUAUUAUGUACCGAUAACAUUGAUUUAUAAAUCCAGUAUUUUCUUCCCAAGCCUUAUUAAUGACCGCUCAUUUUUCAUAUAUGUAGUAAGAACAUUAGAUCUCAGUGGUAAUAAUUUUGAUUUUCAACCUACCAUUUCUACAAUGUAUGGUUUAAAUAGCUUAAAUUUAUCUCAUAACGAUAUAUCUAAUGCACAACUUUUUAACCAUGAAUAUGAACUUCCUAACUUAAGAGAUAUAGAUCUUUCCCAUAACGCCAUAUCCAACUUAGACGUAACCGAUUCCAGUAGUGAUUAUUGGUUUGACAAUCUCAUUAAAAUAAACCUAUCAUAUAACAAUAUAAUUAAAAUACCUUAUCAGUUUUUUAAAUAUUUCAAGGUUUUAACAACUUUGGAUCUGUCUUAUAAUAAUAUUUCUAUAGUAACGUCAGAUACAUUUGAAGGUAUUUCAGGAUUGAAAUAUUUAAAUAUUUCCUCAAAUAAAAUCAUUGAUAUAAAUACUUCACUAUUCAGAUUCGUUCAGCUCAUUGAACUGAAUCUCAGUUACAAUCAAAUAUCAAAUGUAAAUAAAAACAAUUUCGAUCAAUUAUAUGAGUUAAGAGAACUGGAUAUAAGUAAUAACUUUAUUGAAAAUAUAGAUGAUAUUGUCUUUGUUGAUGUUAUGCCGAAUUUAGCAAUAAUAAAUGUGAAGUAUAAUCGUAUAAGGACUUUACGAAAAAACUUGUUUUUGGACCUAAAUAAUUUGAAGGAAAUUGAUUUUUCAUAUAACAAUAUCACCUAUUUACCCAAAAAUAUGUUCCUUAGAAGAAAUAUCACUUUUUUUAGUAUAAAGGGCAACAACUUGUCAGGACCUCUAGAAAAAGGGCUAUUUGAAGGAAUGGAUUCAAUACCUAUUUUAGAUAUAAGCCAUCAAAGCAUUAGAUCUGUUGAAGACUAUACAUUUUUCGGUCUAACAAAACUGACACAGCUAUUAUUAAAUGAUAAUCGCAUAAGUAAUUUGACGAAAAAUUGUUUUUUAUCACUCCAAACUUUACAGCGUAUUGAUUUAUCGAAUAACUUUAUAAUAAGAAUAGAUUUCGUUACAUCGGAUCUCCUAAGUCUCCAGUACUUCGCUGUGUCAAAUAAUUUAGUUGAAAAAAUAGAUGUAACAGAUUUUUUUUACCUGCACAAGUUGCAGUAUUUGGAUUUAUCUCGAAACAAUAUUUCGAAGGUUUACCCAAAAACCUUUCAAAUGUUAAGUUCUUUAGAGAACCUCUAUCUAUCAAAAAAUCCUUUAGUUGGUAGCUUAGACGAGAACACUUUCGACGGUUUAUACAGCGUCCCGUUAUUAGAUUUGUCAGGUAGUUCCUUAACUAUCAUAAAAAAUAAUUCAUUUAGUGGCAUGAUUCAUUUGUAUGAUCUUAAUAUCUCUCAUAGUAACAUUACUGAAUUGGAGUACAACUCUUUCUUAAAUACAGACAACAUUGAAAUAAUAGAUUUGUCGUAUAACUAUUUGAGUCGUUUUUCCGUAAACACAAGUCAUUUAAAAUCUCUUAGGGACUUACGUCUGAGUAAUAAUGUUUUAAAAAGUUUGUCUCAAGAUUAUUUUAAAGAUUUAUUUAAUUUAAAUAAACUAACGUUGUCUCAUAACGAUGUCCUGUCGUUACAAGACAAUAUUUUCAAGGACCAAAAACUUUUACAUUAUUUGGAUUUGUCAUAUAACACAAAUUUUAAUAGUGACUUCUCUUUUAUGAAGUAUUCACACAAAUUACAGACUCUUAUAUUAUCGGGUACUCCGAAUAACUUUUCCUUUGCCGAAAUGACAGAAUUUCCGUUAAUUGAAUUAGAUAUUUCUAACUGCUAUAUAAAAAAUGUUACUAAAAUAAUCCUACAGAAAGUGAAAGAUAUAAAAUUUUUAUUUUUAAGCAAUAAUAAUAUCACCCAUAUCGAGUUCGGAGCUUUUUCACAUUUGAAUUACGUCGAGGAAAUUGAUAUGAGUUAUAAUAGUAUUCAAUAUAUAGAACCAGGCGCGUUCAAUGAUUGUCACAAAUUAAAUUUUCUGAAUAUUUCCCACAACUAUUUACCACAUAUAAAAUAUGGUGUAUUUAGGAGUUUGGCAUAUUUAACUAUUUUAGAUGUAUCGUUUAAUUCAAUUGGGGAUUUAGAAAUGGCUCGUUUUGAUGAACUACCGAAUUUAUCCGAACUAAUUGUAGAUCAUAAUAGAAUAUCUGAAAUAGACGUGAAUGACCUGCAACGCACGGGGCUACGUAAAUUAAGUAUUGGUGAUAAUCCUUUACCUUGCAACAAAUUAAAAGAACUAAAGGAUAUUGGUGGUCCGAUGCUAGAAAUUACGGGCUUGAGAUAUGUGUAUUCAAAGGACGAAAGCUUUAAAGGCGUAGGGUGUAAUUAUGACAAACACAUACCUUACCAAAUACCAGAUAGAAGAACAAAUUAUGUAAGACACAAUGACAGUGUAAGUGAGAAAAUUUUAAUUGAUAUUAGGGACAUUCUUUUCAAUAUAAGUUCAAAGAAUAUUGAUAAUGAUGAAGAAAAUAAAAUAAAUACUAAUUCUGAUCUUAAAAACUCAACAAAAUCACUAACAGAAAACAUUUUGCGUUUGACUAAUAUCACUUCACUCGUUGAAAAAGAAAGCAAAACCACAAAUCAAUACUUGGAAAGACUUCUAAAAUUAGUUGCAGCUGUUAAAUCUUUUAGGUCCACGCCUAUAAUACAAACAAAUUUGAAUAACGACACUAAUGACCUUUCUAAACUAAGGGAAGAACUUGCAAAUAGUAUUGUUAUAGAGAAAGAAAAAAUGUUGGCCGAGAUAGGUGAGAAAUUUUUAAAUAUAAAUGAGCGUAUCGAUGCCCUUAUUUCUUCUACGGUACAUACGCCACUAAAUGAAAAACUUGAAAUAUUUGAGGAAUCCAAAUCAACUGUUUUUAUGGAGGUUUGUGUUGUUCUAAUACUGCUCAUUUUAAUCUGUUUCAUUUUGUACAAGCUGUAUAAAUCUAGAUGUUACAUAAGAAAUCAAUGGUCAGUAAGUACUCGUCAUAUAACUGAUAUGGAUAACUCAAAUUUGUAAGCUUUUAGAAAUUUUGUAACAUAAUGUAUUGUAAUAUAAAUAUAUUAUAUAUAUAUUAAUUGAAA